AUUACAAAUUAAAAGAAUCAUAAAUAUGACGGAUCCUAUAUAUCUCAUUUCUUCAAAAAAUAAUGUUUUUAUAUGGAGCGCAAAUGAUUGGUUGAGACUUCGACGAGAUCACAGAAUAAUUGGCGAGUUAGUGGGUACACUUCCCAAGUCAAUUCGACAGGAUGUAUUUCCAGGUCUUCCAUUGUUACUAUUUCCAGAAGAAGUAACUCUUUUAGUUGAGAAGAAAAUUGCUUGUGUUGUACAGUGUACAAAUCUAGAGAAACCACCAACUGAAUCGUUGUAUAAGAAAUUUCAAGAAUAUACAGAUACAUUACUCAUAGAGCAAGAAGAACGUUUGAUAGAAUUUAGAAAGCAACAGGUUACUUCUAAGAUGGGUAUAAUUGUGGAUGGAAAGAAGCGCAAGAUUUUAGGUUUACAUACAAACAAAAAGAAUAUGAAGAAACCAUUGGACAGAAAGACACAGGAAGCCUUAGAUAGUAUUAAAAUUGAUACUGAAAGUUUGCUUGAAGAAGAACUAGCUAAAUUGCCUAAAUUAAAUAAAAACGAAGCACUUGUUCAAACACAUACAGCACAUCCAUGGUUUAUUAAAGAUGAUGUAAAAAUUGUGGACUGGAAAUAUCCACUUAUUCCUGUUGAUCAACAACUUACAAUUAGAUACAAAGUUUACAAAGAUCUCUGGGAAAGGAAAUAUUAUAUCACCAGUGGAGAAAAAUUUGGUGGCGACUUUCUAGCGUAUCCAGGUGAUCCUAUAAUGUUUCAUGCAUACUAUAUAAUACAAUGUAAAUGCAAAAACGAAGAGAUGCCUAUUGCAGCACUUAUAACUCAAUGUAGAGUCAGUUGUAAUGUCAGGAAGACAUUGGUAUUUGCUACAUAUUGUGAGGAGGAAGAUAAAGUAAAAUAUCAAUCUUUUCAAUGGACGCAAAGUAAUACACUUGAAAAUGGCUUAAAAAAUGAUUAAAGUGUAUACAAGAGUUAUAUAUGUAUUUCUUUUAUAUGUAUUAAAGAAUUUAUAUUUUUAAUUCUUGGUUGAUUCUUUAAAUGGUU